UUCCGUGUAAGUCAGUUCCUACACGGUUUAAUAAAACAACCUGCAGAAUAAGUUCUUUUAACUUACUUUUGAGUUGUGCGUCGCUUUCGCUCUUACCCACACUCACGCAAAUUGACUAGCGAAAUUCAUUAAAUUUGCCUUAUGAAACCAUAAAAAAUACAAAAACGCGAUUUCAUAAGUCACUUAUAGAUUUCAUAAGGUUCUUAUGAUUUUCAUAAUCGAAAAGUAUGAUACAAUAAUGAAAUGAGUAUGAUUUUCAUUGGCGCGCCUUAUGAUUUUUAUCGCUGCCACUAGUACGUUAAAAGAAGAUCAUUCUAAUGAUAAAUCAAAAUGGAGAACAUCGUGUUGGACGAGCUUAUGCUAAUAGCAGAUUUUCUUUCGGAGGCUCCAGCAAUUUGCUUGGAUAUUUUCAAAGGUGCUGGAAUCAAAACAAUGAAUUUGAUAACAUUCAACGAAAGCGAGUUCGCGGCUGCCAUCAGCGCUACUAGCAAUACAACGUUCGAGGUCAGUCAAUUGUGGUGUUGGGUUACAAACUGGCGUGAAAGGAAUAAUCUGGUUAAUGCAUCAAUACUGCCCUGUGAAACAAACGAUAACGUUGUCUUAAGCACGCAGACACAAAACAAAAAGACCUCGGAUCUUUCCCUAACAGCGAAUGAUUUUGGCAAGGAUUCCAUCGCAAUGAACGACGCCCGCCUGGAGCCAUAUAAGUCACCGGUAGCUACCACCGGAACUGAGGACAAUUUUUAUAUGCGUUCUUUUCUUUCUCAAGAUGAGAGCUGUGAUAAUUCUAAAACAGAGGAAACACAAACGAUUCACCAAGCAGACAUUUCGGAUUACUUCAGAACCGAACAAGUAGAAGAUGUUUCUGAAUGUGUUGAAGAUAAUACAAAUUCAAACGAACAGGUUGAGGUCCGACAGAACAAGCUGGACAUUGAUUAUAAGAAACUAGGUUUGGGUGACCCAAACGAGGCGUGCAAAAAAUGGAAUUCCCUAUUCCAACCCAUUGCAAAAUACGUUGCUAAACACGCCAAGGAUCCUUCAUCGAAAGAGCUGAUCCGCGACAUCCAAGAUCAACAGCAUUCUCUUGGUAAAACACCGUCUUGUUCGUAGACUGUUGGAGUCAAUCUACCAGCUACUGCCGAAAAAAGCAACCUAGUAAAUAUUUAAGGCGAUUCGAGCUAUUGGACAUUUCGCUUAAAAUGUUACUGCAGAACUCACUACACUGCUUAAGUGAAAUAUACAGUGAUGGAUGAUGGCGAUGAUGAAGUGGAAGUUCUCGCAGGAAGGCAGGUAUCAGUUACGACUCAAAAUAGCAAAAUAGCAAUAGCAGAGGGUGUCGAACCGGAUUCAGCAGGAACCGUAGCGAUACGAGCCAUAUAUCGUUGCCAGAAAUCCCGGUCCUAGCAACAUAAACGAGAAGACUGUCAGGGCAAUUUGUAUGUUUGCUAACUACCUACACGAAUCAGCCAGCAUUUCCACUAUAAACCACCUAUGAAGUAAAAACUAUGAAGCCUCCUCUAGAACAUUUCUCAUGGAGAUAACUGAUUGGGCAUUUACUGGAUCCACAAAAAUAAUCUUCGCUAGUUAUUCCAUAUAUUAGAAAUAAAUAACUUGCUUUUAAA